UUCCUGUGCGGCUACGAAAUUCUGCCGCAUUGUGAGUGAAUGUCGGCUGGAUGAAGAGAAAGCCGACAUAUGGAGAGCUGCCUAAUUGAGCAGCUACCGGAUUGACCCGCGGCGGGGAUAGCCGAGCAGACGGGCAGAGUGCUGGACGUUUGCGCUGAGAGUGCAUCGUUCGUCGUCGGCCAUCGUCAAAAUGCUGCUCUCCUCCGUCCGUUCUACUCUCGCCCAUGCUGGUCUCGGUCGACGAGCAGCGAGUACUCUCGCUCUUAAAUAUUCCAAGGCCCUUUUUUCUGCUGCACUCUCCAAGUCACCGCAGACUUUGAACAAGGUCCAAUCCGAGCUUAACACCAUUUCUUCUACUCUCAGGGAUGUCCCAGAGCUCAAGUCUCUCGUUACCAACCCUACACUUUCCAGCCAGGAGCGUGCCGCUGGAUUUAGCGCGUUGUACUCGCGUGCGGAGGGUGCGAAGAAGGAGCCUAUUUCUGAGAUCACCAAGAACCUCUUCUCGGUGCUUUCGGAAAAUGGCAGGUUGACAGAGGCUGAGGGUGUCAUCGAGGGAUUCAACGAGCUUUUCUCCCAGUACAAAGGAGAGGUCACUGUUACCAUAACCUCCGCUGCGCCUCUUCCCAAAGAUGUCCAGUCGCGUUUGGAGUCCACUCUCAAGCAAUCGCAAACUGCUCAGAAGGCCAAGUCGCUGAAGGUCACUAAUAAGGUUAACCCUUCGAUCUUGGGCGGUAUCGUGGUUGACUUCGGUGACAAGACCAUCGACCUCAGCGUCGCAUCCCGUGUCAACAAGCUUAACAACCUCUUGCAACAAUCCGUAUAAUACUAUCUAAACAUUGGCGGAUUUAGAAUAGAAUGUUGAUUUCGGUUGCUGC